UUGUAAACAUAAAAAAUGAAACGUAAUCUAUUUGGACAAGUUUGUGCCUCAAAUUCAUUCAUCUAUCUAUAAAUUGCAGUACUCUGCAAUACUCAGAAACAAGAGCAGAAUUUACAGAAAUAGUAAGUGUAUUGAAUAAGGCGAAGAUGAGGUGUGAACAAGGACAAGAUCUCCCGCCGCACGUGCUGAUUUUCCCUUAUCCAUUGCAGGCGCAUCUCAACUCCAUGCUCAAUCUCGCGCAUCUCUUCUGCUUAUUCGACUUCCACGUCACCUUCAUCAUCUCCGACUUCAACCACCGCCGCCUCCUCGAGCACACCACCGCCGUCACCGCCUUCGCCCGCUACCCGGGGUUCGAGUUCCGGGCUCUCCCCGACGGCCUACCUGACGACCACCCCCGCGCCGGGGAGCGAGUCAAUGACCUCAUGUUCUCCAUGGAAAAAGUCACGGUGCCGCUCUUCAAGAAAAUGAUGGUCCAGGAGAAUUUCUUGGGCGGCGCCGCCCGUAGACGCGUGACUUGCUUCGUUGCAGAUGCUAUGAGCUUCGCCCCCGACUUUGCUAGAGAGCAUCAGCUUCCGCUCAUCCUCUUCCAUACUGCUAGUGCCUCCUUCUCCUGGUCUCAUUUUUGCUUUCCUCAGCUGCUUCAAGCUCAAGAUAUUCCUUUCCGAGGAAAAUCGAUGGAUGAAUUAGUUGAAAGUGUACCCGGAAUGGAAGGUUUUCUCCGACGACGCGACCUUCCGAGUCAUUACCGUGUUGACGAUGUAAACGACCCUAUUCUUCAAGCAUUAACAGAGAGGCUAACUGCGAAGGAAAUGGUCAUAUUUAACACUUGUGAAGAUCUCGAGGGGCCGAUAGUUGCAGAAAUACAGAAGCAUGUGCCGAGAAUUUUCUCCAUCGGUCCAAUCCAUGAGCAAAUUAAAUCCAGACUGACGGAGAAGAAGGCGGAUGUGUCGAUCAUCAAGGCGAAUCUAUGGGCGGAAGACCAGAGCUGCAUCGAGUGGCUGGAUGCGCAGCCGCCUAAAUCUGUCAUCUAUGUGAGCUUCGGGAGCAUAACACUUAUGACGAGAGAGCAAGUGUUAGAGUUCUGGCACGGUUUGCUCAACAGUUCGCAGAGAUUCUUGUGGGUGAUAAGGCCGGAUUCCAUCAUCGGGAAUGAAGGAAAUGAUCAAGUUUUGGAGGAAUUAAUGGAAAUUAGUAAAGAAAAGGGUUUGUUGGUGGAGUGGGCACCGCAGGAAAAAGUGCUCAACCACCCUGCGGUGGGCGGGUUUCUGACACACAGUGGAUGGAACUCAACUCUCGAGAGCAUUGUAGCCGGCGUGCCAAUGAUAUGUUGGCCUUAUUUUGCCGAUCAAACCAUUAAUAGUAGGUUGGCGAGUGAGGUUUGGAAGAUUGGAUUGGACAUAAAAGAUACUUGUGAUAGAUUGAUUAUUGAGAAGGCGGUGAGGGAUUUGAUGGAAGUGAGAAAAGAUGAGUUUUUGGAAAAUGCAGAGAAUAUGGCUAAGUUUGUGAAAAAAUCUGUUAGUAAAGGUGGUUCGUCGUAUACUAAUAUGGAUAACCUGGUUCAAUAUAUCAAGUCAUUGAUAAUUUGAUUAUUGUCAUUGUAAUUUUUAAAGAAUGUUUUUGUUUGUAUAUCCUGAAAACUGCAAAUAAAUUAAAAGGUGCAGUGUUGAAUAAAACAAGUUUGGCUUGUUGUAAAAACAGCGCAAGAAAGCCCUUUCUCAAUUUUUGUGUUUUUCUGAGAUUUCAAUUAGCAACUUUAACAUGUUUUUUGUUGAAUAGUGUAACUAGUUUA